AUGCCGCUGAGGGUCAGAACACAAGGACUGCGCAUUUAUCCCACUCAGUCCUCGUGCCCCUCGCAAACGAUCAAUAUUAAUGUCUUUACCAGCGGUAACGCCUUCGCCUUGUUCCUCAAAUCACAGAGAAAAUGGGACAACCCAGCUCUGCAAGACGACCACAGAGAUAACUUCCGGAAUCUCUGCAUAGAGCACCAAUACGACGGCGCCAAACACAUCCUCCCGCACGGCUCAUACCUCGUCAACCUUGCCCAAGAAGACAAGGCCAAAGCAAAACAAGCCUACGAUGCCUUCCUCGACGACCUUCGCCGCUGCGAAGCUCUCGGCAUCAAACUCUACAACUUCCACCCCGGAAGCGCCAACCAAAGCCCCCUCCCAGAAGCGCUCUCCCGCCUCGCCAAGGCGCUCACCAACGCGCUCGCCGCAACAACCACCGUAACCCCCGUCCUCGAAACCAUGUGCGGCCACGGCACGACGAUCGGCGGCUACCUCCCCGAAUUCCGGGACCUCCUCGCGCUGAUCCCGCGCGAGUACCACUCGCGGAUCGGGAUCUGCAUCGACACCUGCCACAGCUUCGCGGCCGGCUACGACCUCGUCAGCCCGGCCGGCUUCCGCGCCUUCAUGCAGGAAUUCGACGACGUGAUCGGCCUGCAGUACCUGCGCGCGCUGCACCUGAACGACUCGAAAGCGCCGCGCGGCAGCCGCCGCGACCUGCACGCAAACAUUGGCACGGGCUUUCUGGGACUCCGGGCGUUCCACAACAUUAUGAACGAGCCGCGCUUCGAGGGGCUACCGAUGAUCCUGGAGACGCCUAUUGACCGCCCCGUGUCGGAGGUGUCCAAGGAUGAGGAGAGCGGGAGCGAGGACUCCGACGUGAAGCCGAAGAAGACCAAGAAAAAGCAGGCGAAGCGGCCGGCCGCCGCGAAGACGCAGACCGUGCCUGAUCCGUCGGUGUGGGCGCGCGAGAUCGAGCUCCUGGAGUCGCUGAUUGGGAUGGAUCCAGAGAGUGCGGAGUUCCGCGCCCUCGAAGCGAAGCUGUCUGAGGAAGGCAGGGAGUCGCGCGAGAAACACCAGGAGCAGUAUGAGCGGAAGUUGGAGGCGGAAGAGAAAAAGAAGGCGAAAGGUCCUACGAAGAAACAGAAGACGCUGGUGGAGGUGAUGAACGGCUCUGCGGGGAAGGAAAAAGUAGGCAAGAAAGCGGCGGACUACGACAGUGAAGAUGAAGGAUGUCAGAGUUGUUGA